AUGGCCAACUUCAAAGGCGGCAAGCGCAAGCAGUCAGAAGGCGCCAAGGCCAAGUUCUGGUCUUUGCAAGAGCCCGGCUCGGAAGCAUCAGUUUCGGAAGUUGCGCCUGGUGUGCCUGAGCCUGACUCUCGAGCGAUUUCGCAGAAGUUCUUACUUCAGAAGGCCUUGAUGCUCUUUACGGCACCACACCGGCUGCCAAAGGACGAUGAGGAGCUGGAGCUGGGAGCAGUUCUUGGAGAGGGAACAUAUGGCUGCGUUUGCCGGGCUAUGUGGCGACACACGCCUGUGGCAGUGAAGACCAUGAAGCGCAAGAAGGACGUUGCAGCUAUCUGCGCAGAGGUGGACAUUCUUUGCGCGGCCCGAUCUCCACACAUUGUUCAGCUUGUGGAUGUUCAUCAGAAAGGCUUGGUCUUUGAGUUGGGGGAAGCUCUGCCGACCAUGGUCGCGCCUGUCCGGCUGAAGGUGAUCAUGGAGCACUGCUGUCGAGGCCUAGCUGUCCUGCACAGCCUGCAGAUCGUUCAUGCCGACUUGAAGCCCGCAAAUUUGCUUUGGUUUCCAGAGUGUGGGCUUUGCAAGGUGGCUGAUGUGGGCAGCGUUUGCUUUGAGUGGGAAGCGGACGCCGACCCGGAGGAUAAACUUGUCACUUUGUCGUAUCGGAGCAUUGAGCUUCUGCUGGGUUCCCGCAAGAUUUCUCCUUCCAUUGACAUGUGGGCCCUUGGCUGCACUGUUGCCGAGCUGUCUCAGGGGCUCAAGGUCUUUCAGUCUGAAGGUUCGGAGGUGGCAAUGAUCUUCCAGAUUUUGACCCGCCUGGGGUUUGACGAUUCUUUGGUGGCCUGGCCACACUGGAGCGCAGAGUUUCCACGUGUCGAACCUAAGCAGUUGGAUUUGCCACAGGAGCUUGGUGGUCGGCUCUCUUCUUUGGUUGCUUCACUCCUUUCUUUGGACCCUUUGAAGCGACCGCGAGUCAACGAUGUUUUGCGGGCCAUGCCUGAAGUCAUCCUCCCCGGUUGCCACCACUGGACAGAGAAGUUCAGAGGGGUACGUGGUGAUUUCCAGAUUUUGGUGGGGUCAUGCCCUAUUGAGGUUUUGGAGUGGCUGCAGCAAGAUCCAGACACUGCCAGCUUGGAAGCGGCCUCUUGGCCGCCGGAAUCUCUUCAAACGGAGGAGUAUGAGAAGCAGGUGGUCAAGCAUGAGUUCUUUGGCAAGUGUUGUCCUGACGCGCCAGAUGUCUUGAACACAGUGAAGAUCAAGAGAGCUCUGUUGCCAGAGCGUCUUCGAAAGUGGGUGGCCGCGUUCAAGGCACUGAACCAGCCUUUUUUCAACCGUUUUGAUGAUGAGUUGGGCCGCCGUUUGGGAAGGCAUGAGGAUGCCAAUGCCCAGCACCUGUGCCGACAACCAUCUGUGGAUUGGGGGCUUUGCUUCGGCAGCGUUCAGAAAAUGGACGCUUUGCAGCGCAAAGACCGACGACAUGUGGAUGGAGGGGCUGGGGUGUUACAUCUCAGCAUCACGCUGCACGGUCACCGAGCUCUACAUUGGGAAACGGCAAGCGGAGAGAAGUUCGUUUUGCACCAGCAUCCCGGUGACUGGUACCUGAGCAAUGUUGCUGCAUUCCAUCACCAAGUAGAACAUUUUGGUGGUGCUCAAGAAUUAGUUGCGCACUUCCGGAGUGCAGCCUUCAGAUCGCACCGGUGCACUUCAAUGGCUACCAGCCCUGGACCGAAGGAGGUUCGAGAUCUUUUCAUGGAAGCACAGCUGCAAGCAUUUGCUGCGGCUGACCCUUGGCAGCAGCCACGCUUGGUCGAGGACCUGGUGGCGCCCUAG